AUGGAGGUCGCCGGCCUUGUUAUGGGCGUUGCAGGCCUUUUCAGCGUCUGCAUGGAUGUCCUCGAUCGAGUGUCGAAUUAUAGAGAAUUCUCGACUCAGUCACGGCAAACUGUUGUGAGCUUUGAGGCCAACAAGGUCAGACUAAAGGACUGGGCGACAUACGCUGGCAUUGAGAACGGAGUCCUGAAAGACAGUCAUCAUGUUCGUCUUGAUGAGCCAGAGAUAUUGUCGGCCGUUAAGCUAGUUCUUGAAGAAAUUAGCACGCUUUUUGACUCGAUAGAGCGUUCACAAUCUCGGUUACGAGUACCUCAAGUUGUGGUAUCUUCUGCUGAAAGUGAAGGAAAGGCAAGCAAGAAUAGUUCAAAACCUUCCAUUAGAGGUGGAAUUAGCUGGGCCCUCAGGGGAAAGGGAAGCUUCACCUCCCAGGUUACAAUGUUUGGAAAGUUUGUUGAUGAACUGCACAAUCUCCUUCCUAAAGAGAAAGACGGGGCCUUGCUCAUAGAAACACGAAAGAACACUCUUAUCCAAACACAGAAGAGAGUUGAAGAGUGGCUAGAUGCCCCUGAGACCGAGCAGCAAUAUGAGAGACAUUUAUCAGCUUGUCUAGAUGGUACUUGUAACUGGAUUACUACCGAGCCUGCUUAUAAGACUUGGGAAUCAGAUUAUUUUCCUCGGGAAACAGCCAAAUUCCUUUGGAUAUGUGGUCCAGCAGGUUCUGGAAAAUCUGUCCUAUGCGCAAAAAUCAUCCAGCAGUUUACUGAGAAGUCAAGCCACCCGUUAGCGUACUUCUUCUCUACUAGUCAUAUUCAGGCAGGAGGACAUCCAGAUGGCGUGGUACGCUCGUGGAUUUCUCAAGCUGCACGGCACGAUGAACGGAAUUUAGAACUGGUUCAACAAGCAAUGGACCAUGUUGAAGCAGGCAGAAGAGCAUCGCAAGCUGAAGUCUGGAAACUAUUUAAAGCUAUCGCCUCCGAUACUACCCCUUUUACUUUUGUUUUAGACGGGCUGGAUGAAUACGAAAUACAUGAUGACGAACGAGCCCAGCUACUUCGAGGACUGAAAGAGCACGCAAAGGGCGUUAAAUGUCGGGUUUUAAUCGUGAGCCGGGAUGAAGUUGAUUUAAACCAAGAACUUUCCCCUUCCCCUGGAAAUAAGGGGGAAACCACUAUGCUUCAGUGUCAAAUUUCAAAGUCUAAAACCAAGUCUGAGAUCCAGCUCUACUCGGAAAGCAUUGUCAAUAAGAAACUCGGGAAGAAAGACGCCUCUCUUCGACGGGAAUUAGCCGCUCAAAUGGCAGAGAAGUGUGAGGGAAUGUUUCUUUGGAUCAAGAUGCAACAAGACCAGCUGCGUAGCGGCAAGAACGAGAAACAGCUUCGAAAUAUAGUCUCAACUAUGCCAACUGGACUCUAUCAAGUAUAUGAGCGCAAUUGGGCAAACAUUCAAAGGCAGCCAGCUAACGAAAGGCGCCGUGCCAUGUCCAUUCUCCGCUGGGCUACUUUUGCGUACAGACCACUGAAAUUAUCCGAGUUAGUCCAAGCACUUGCCAUUUGUGAUGAUGACGACGAGGAAGUAGGGGAAGAAGGAGAGGAAGGUAACGGUGAAAAUGAUCUGAACGAUGAUGAACCUCCUGAGUUUCCUGUGGACGAACUUCCAGAAGAGAUCGACGAAGAAUAUGUUAAUGGUGAAAUCAAGGAGCUUUGUGGCUCGUUAAUUGAGGUUCGGAUCGAGGCUCCAGACUAUAUGAUGAGAUGGAAUAUUGAUACCCCUCAAGGUUACGGGACAAUUCAUUUAGUCCAUGCUUCAGUUAAAGAAUAUCUCCUCUCAAAGUUUGCAAACUUUGGGAAUAUUUCAAGUCCAGGAAAGCUGUUGUCCAGUUCCGCCAGCCAAGCUAUGCAACAUAGUAUACUUGCUAAAACUUGUCUUCGCUAUCUUACCUAUCCUGAAGUAUGGGACUGCAGUGUUUUGCCUACUUUUGACGUAGACGAUGGGUCUUUCCUCAAUUAUGCCGCUACUUCAUUCGACACACAUGCGCUUGCCGCUGGGGAGAACAGUCAGUUGGCUCAACAAAUCAGUCACUUUUUCCACAAAAGCCCUAACUUCAUUCGAUGGAAGCAUCAUGUCGGAGGAGUAGGGGCGGGGCCCCUUUACCAUUCUUGCCGGCUCAGGUUACUGGAUGUUGCUAGAAUCUCUUUGAAAGAACAUGCAGAGGAUCCCGACGCUCUUGCUGGGCGAUUCGGGACUGCCUUGCAAGUGGCCUGCUUCGGGGGCGAGAUGCCAAUCGUCGAGCUAUUGGUUGAAUCAGGAGCUGAUGUUAAUUUAGAGGGGGGUGAAUAUGGAAGUGCGGUAAAUGCCGCCAUCGCUAAUGGCGAUAACCAAAUUAUAUCCUAUCUGAUUGAAAAGGGUGCCAAAUUAGAUACGAGGAACAAGGAAGGCCGGACAACUAUUCACCAUACAGCAAAGAACGGGAACAUUAAGUUACUGGAGCGUCUAAUAAGCAAUGAUGCCGAUAUCGCAAUAGCUGAUAAUGAGGGGGUGACUCCGCUGCAUCUGGCUGCUUCCAGCGGAAAUUUAGGAACCGUCAAGUUUCUUCUCGAAAAGGGGGCUAAUAUCGAAGCGGCUACGUCGACAGGACGGACUCCUUUGUGUUAUGCGUGCCAAGCUGGCAAUACUGACAUGAUCAAGCUCCUUGUGAGAGAGGGAGCAGAUAUACACCAUGCUCCAUCAUCCGGAAAUACCCCAAUAUAUGAAGCAUCAUGUCAAGGGCGUAUUGAGGCUCUCCAAUACCUUAUCAGCCAAGGCGCAGUGGUGACGGCUGAAAGCAAAGCGUUGAAAGAUGCGGCUUCGGGAGGGUAUACAGCUAUCGUAAAACUCCUUGUUAAAGCAGGAGUAAGCCUUGAAGAUAGAGUGGGUGACGAAGCAUUGUAUAAGGCGUCUGUUCAUGGCCACACCUGGGUUGUCAAGUUUCUUCUUCUGGAAGGAGUCAAAGCAGAAAAUGUCCUUGACCCCGCGAGGACCUAUACACCGUUAUUCAAUGCAGUCCUCGGCGGCUAUACUAACAUUGUGAAACUCCUUUUAUGGAAGGGAGCAAGCCCUAACAUUCAUCCUUCAAUGACGAAAGAUGUGGCCUCCGAGACAAUGUUGGUUUAUGCAAUCCGAAGUGGCCUCACUGAAAUUUCUAAAACACUGCUCAGAAAGGGAGCAAAUGUGGACCCUGAGCAUAACUUUGGGAUUAGUCCGCUGUGCGAAGCAAUUGUCCGGGACCAGGUUGAGAUAGUUCACAUGCUUCGUCUCCGGGGAGCUGAUCCUACCAAACGCGACAAACUCAGAUAUACACCUUUACUGCAAGCUGCUAUCAGAGGAAACGAGAUCAUGCUCAUGCAUUUGGUUAGGGGUUUGGCUGGCACGACAAAUGCCUCUGUACCAAAGAAGUAUGGAACUUACCUGAAUGCUAUUGCGUACGGCGGUAAUCUCAAACUUGUUCAGUGGUUUGUUCCACUUUGUGGCCCUGCACAGUACAAAGAUAGUGAAGGAAGAAACCCUGCUCACUUCGCAGCAAGAGGUGGCCAUGCCGAUGUGCUAAAAUUCUUCCUUGAUAAUGGCAUCGAUCCCCAAGCUCUGGAUAUAACGGGGCGCGGAAUAGUGCAUCAUGCUGCCUGCGGUGGCUCUAUAGAGACUCUUCGUGUAGCACUUGAAGCACAGCCACUAGACGUCAAGUUUACUGAAAAUACCUGGUCACCCUUACACUGGGCGUGUAAGCGCGGAUCUGUGGAGCUUAUUAAUUUACUGCUGGAGUACGGCGUGAAAGAGAGCACAGUCAAAACUACCGACGAACCAGCAGCGGAGUGGACUCCUUUUAGAAUUGCUGUAUACCACCAAAACAAAAGUUUAGUGAGGAACUGGAGUGAAACGAAAUACAAAUUGGACGACACGAUCGUUCUUCAGGGGUAUCAUUCGAUUAGUUUCGCCGGCUGUUCUUGGUGUCUCCAUGUAAGAAUUCUGCAAUUUUUGCUGGUUACAAUCGCUGAUCAAAGGCUUUAG